AUGGAGGGAGCCGUACCUUUUGCGAUCAGUCAAAACGGCAAUUAUGCAAUACAUUCGAGCCCAGACGGAGUUAUGAAAUUAUGGGAUACUAAUACCGGUACCCUAAGACAUGAGUAUACACCCAGCGCCCACCUGUCAGCGACAUGUACAUGUUUGUCGUGGUGUCCAACAGGGAACAGGUCGGAAAAGCCAAGAAAAAAGAAGAAGAGAAAAUCUAAAGGAGACACAGAAGAAAUACCAGGAGAAAAUUCAGAAAACACUGUGGCCAUAGGAACUACAGCUGGAAAUGUAUUAUUGUACAAUACAAGACUUGGAGACUUACAGACACAACUGAAUGGUGGUCAUAAUGGUCAGGUGAAUGGACUGAGUUGGCAGAGUGAUGAUGGCAGUUUGUACAGCUGUUCAAGUGACCACUACAUUGUCCACUGGGACAUUUCAAACAACUCUGUCAAACAUAAAUGGAAGGCAGACAAGGGCACUAUUCAUUCUGUUUGUGUUUGUUCACCUCAUCAUCUUUUAUCUGCUGGAAGAACCAUAAAACUAUGGAAUACACAAACACAUGAAAUGCUAAAAAAAUUCACUGGCCAUGCUACAGAUGUAUUUCGAUUAAUACCGGUACCAUUUUCUAUGAAUUUAAAUGGAGAUUCCAUAGACAGUUUAUAUUUUCUAUCAGCUGCUGUAAAUGACAGAAUUGUCAAUGCUUGGCAUGUUGACACAAAGUCCUCGGAUAAGACUGCUGUAGCAUCAUUCUCAUUACCUGAUGAACCAGUGAUGUUUGAUAUCUCUAGAGAAACAAGACCUGAGCAGAGUUUGUUAUUAACGGUUGUAACUAAAGCUGGACAGACCCUUGUGUUUGAGCACACACUUAAUGGGAAGUUACAACAACCAGUUAGACCAAAGGUUACCAUACAGGUGGCCACUCCAGGUGCUAAGGAGGAAAUCCCUAGACCAAUCCCUGUUCUGGCUGUACAUAUCUGUGAUGACAAAAGCGAUAAUAUUUUAUUGGUUUAUGGAAAUUUUUUAAAACCAGUGUUUGAAAAAUUGCCUUACAAGAACACAGAUGCUGACAUUUGUUUGAUACGACAGGAUAAAUCAAGGGGAUCAAUCCAAGUUGAGGAGUCUACUGUUUCUAAGAUUAAGACACCUGCUGUAUCGAGAGACAUGACAGUUCUGGUACCAGAACUGAUGGCACCAAGUGUACCAUCAAUUACCGCCACAGGCAAGCGACACAAAAGAAAGACCUCUACAUCUGAGAUGACGAUAGAAGCACGCCUGAAUGCCAUAGGUAUGGGGGCUUCAAAGGCAGAAAAGGCAAUGAAGACUCCGCCUAAAACUGAUGGAUUAGCAAGACUUCUUGCACAAGGAUUACUGAGCAAAGAUCACAAGAUCAUCAAUAAUGUGCUGAACCAGAAUGAUUUGGUGAUAGAGAACACUGUAAAGAGGUUGCCACUUAGAUUCAUCAUCCCUUUGGUACAGCACCUCACUAUACUGAUGCAAGGGCGUGCUGCAGGUUCCCACAAGCUAAUCAAGUGGAUUAAGAAUAUUCUUGUAAUUCACACAUCAUAUUUGAUGACGUUCCCUGAAGUGGUGGAGGUCUUCAGCUCUCUGUAUCAGCUAAUGGAUGCAAGGACUGCUGCCUUCAGUCGCCUCUCUAAACUACAGGGCAAACUUGACCUCAUUCUGUCGCAGAUUACUACACAAGAGCAACAUGAAGAGGAGACCUCGAUAGAUCAGCCACCACUGCUGAUGUACCAGGAGGAUUCAUCUGAUGACAAUGAUAUGGUGUUAGAAGUAAACAGCCAGUCUGACUCAGAUGAUAACCUUGACUUGUUUGACCUUGAUGAACAAGAAACUGCUGGUGAAGAUGGACUGAAGAAUGGUGGGGAUGAUAUGGAGACAGAUGGCUAACAUUACAAUGACUUCAAAUAAUUAGUGAAGUGAACUUAUCAAGCAUUAACUGUGAAACAGUGUUAUAUGAUUGACAUCUUUAGAAGAACUACACUGUUUAGCUAAUAUUUUUACAGGCAUUAAACUACUCAAUCUAAGGAACGUUUAAAGCAUUUCUCUAAUCUAAGCAUGUUUAUGAUGGAUUAGUAGAACAAACUCUUGUCCACAAGAAAGUGGCAGAAUCAUAUGAGCUUUGUCUCUAGCAUAAUUUAAUGUACAAAACAGCUAUAGAUUCUAGACUGAUUUUUCAUGUCAGUGCAUUCCAUGUCAAUGAUAUGCAAGGAACCACACUCUUGAGGUAGCCAGAUAAUUUCAAAUGAAGAUACAGAACGAGCACAUUGUCUUCUCAACAUGUCAAAUGAGCAGGUCAUGUCAAAUGUGGGGUUUAGUAAUGAACCCUAUUGUCUGCCAAAGCUUGAUGAAUGUUUCACCAAUGGCCAGCAGGUUAACAUAUAAGGACAUAAUUUGUGUGGUAAGUUGGAAGUAAAUGAAUCUAAACAUUGUAUACAUCGUAAACAUCUUGUGUACGAUAUACCUAGUGAGUUAUUACAUAUCCAUAUCUUUAUAUCACAACAUCAAAUUUUCAUUUUGUUGGGCUUUUAAGCUUACUCUUUACAGUUUUUGUAAAAAAUAUGAACUUCUUAAAUGAUUAAGUUCAUUUAUUUAUAUAAUGAGGUGGGUUGAAUAAAUCAAGCACAGCUGCCUAUCCAUUGAUGGUGCAUUUAUUUACAUACAGUGAAACCCACGUAAUAUCAUGUUCUAUCUGUCAGAGGAAAAUGUGACGAUAAGUGGAAUGUGACAUUAACAGUUGACACAUUUUUCAGGGCGUCUAAACUCGAAAGAUGUGCCAAACUGACUUGUUUCUAACAGAAAUUGUUUGAAGACAAUUGUUUUCCUGACAAGAACAGUGAUUUUCCUGGACUUUUGUUUGUUUUUUCUUUAAAAUAUCUGAACUGCCAUCAUAAGUUAUCAUUAACAAUCAUGACAAUUCAUAUUCAGUCAUAUUCAGUUUACACAUCAGAUUGGUAGUGACACUACCGUGUCAUCAGCUGAUGUUUUGCAGUAUAAUUAUCACCAUUAUUGUAUAGACUCCAUAAUGGUGGAACGUUGUAAAGUUGGUAUAUACCAUAUGUAUCUCUGCAACUUAUAUAAAAUAUUUUGUAUAGAUCACAACUUUAUACUUGCCAGAAGGUUACAUGAUUGGUAAGAAGUGUGGGGGUGAACACAGUUCAAACUUUUUAAGACUUUUUUUUCUGUAUCAGAAGAAAACUGCCUGGGCAAGGCUAGCGACCUGAUUCUGAAGGCAUGGUAGAUGUAUGUAUGCUGUCAUUGCUUACACUUUUAUUUCAAUGUAUUUUAAACAAGAAAUAAAUAACAUAGUUUUGAAA